AUGUCGCCCCUUGUUUGGCUUAUCACCGGAAGUACCUCGGGCCUUGGAGCUGCCCUUACGAACUACAUCGCAUCCCGCGGUGACAAAGUCAUUGCUACGGGCCGCAAGGUUGAAGAGCGCCUCGGGCACUUGAAAGCCGCCAAUGUCGCACUCCUCGAGCUGGAUAUAACCGCUGAAGCAACAACGAUCGCUACUCAGGCAAGAAAAGCUUGGGAUAUCUUUGGCAGGAUCGACGUUCUCAUAAACAAUGCAGGCGUCUCUUCAAUGAGGAGCGCUGAGGAAGCAGAUGAUGAUUAUACAAAGAACAUGUUUGAGGCAAACCUAUUCGGACACAUGCGCGUCACGCGCGCAUUUCUACCACUUCUUCGAUCCCAAGGCGAAGGCUGCAUCGCGUUCACCUCUUCAAGCACGGCUUGGGCCGGGUUGCCCUUUAUGUCUCAAUACGCUGCGUCCAAGGCCGCACUAAGCAUGUACGCGGAAUGCUUGCACAAGGAGAUUGCGCCACUCGGCCUGAGUCUUGUGUCUCAUUACAUGGCCAACCCCAUGUCCCACAUGCCCGGAGACCUCGCCAAAGCUGCCGCAUUCAUGGUGGACGUGGUUACACGAAACGUCAAGGAUACAGAGGUGUCGACACAAGAGCCGACGAGUCGGAAAUGGGCUGUGCGCGUGGCGCUCGGGUCGGACGGGGCCGGGUUUGUGCGCCAAAAAUGCACUGAGAUGUUGAGGUUGCUUGAUGAUUGGCAAGAGGCGUCGACUGGGACAGACAGAGACGGGGAAGCAUCUGAUGCGGUGAGGGAGAUGUUGGAAUUUACCACCAUUAUUUAG